AUGGGCUUCUGGGAUUUCCCUUUCAUGGAAAAGGCGUUCCGGUUUGAACGACUAGUAGAUGGAGAUGCAAGGAGAAGGAAGAAGAAACCAUCUUGGUUAAAUCCGGUUUCUCACGGAUGCUAUACCAUCGACCGGUUAAGCAACAUCGACCGUUCAUCGAGUGCAGAUUCGGUUACCGUACAAAGAGAGCAACAAAGUGAACAAGAGCGUGAAGUUUGGUUCUUUGCAGUGUCAGAUGCUGGAACCGGGAAAGAGAUUGUCAAGUAUAUGCAGAGCCAUAUCUUCGAUAAGGUCCACGAUGAGCAUGGAGUUUUGAGAAAAUGUAAAGAGGUCAUGAGAAGAGCGUACGCUGAGGAAGACAGAAGCAGUGGCUCGGCUGCUUCGGUGACGGUGGUGAAUGGAGAAAAGCUAGCUAUCGCGAGUAUCGGCGGCCAUAGAGUGGUGGUUUGCAGAGACGGCGAGGCUUAUCAAAUCAGAGCUAAAUCCUCAACAAGAAAUUGGUCUGAUUUUAUUUUCCCAGUUUGUAAUCAAGGAGAGAUAGAAGAUGAAUCAGAUUCAAGAGAUUCAGAGCUUGCUUUGGUUACAGAAAAGAUUAGUUCAGUUACAGAGUUUAUCAUUAUCGGUAGCUCUGGGAUUUGGGAGGUGAUGAAGAUUCAAGAAGCUAUUAACCUAAUCAGACACAUGGAAGAUCCUCAAGAAGCUGCAAAAUGUUUAGCCAAAGAAGCUUUAAACAGAAUUAGCAAAAGCGAAAUUUCUUGUAUCGUAAUUAGGUUUGACUAA